AUGCAGGGAGAUGGGAGGCAGAUUGAAAUGCAGGGAGAUGGGAGGCAGAUUGAAGUGCAGGGAGAUGGGAGGCAGAAUGAAGUGCAGGGAGAUGGGAGGCAGAUUGAAAUGCAGGGAGAUGGGAGGCAGAUUGAAAUGCAGGGAGAUGGGAGGCAGAUUGAAAUGCAGGGAGAUGGGAGGCAGAUUGAAAUGCAGGGAGAUGGGAGGCAGAAUGAAAUGCAGGGAGAUGGGAGGCAGAUUGAAAUGCAGGGAGAUGGGAGGCAGAUUGAAAUGCAGGGAGAUGGGAGGCAGAUUGAAAUGCAGGGAGAUGGGAGGCAGAAUGAAAUGCAGGGAGAUGGGAGGCAGAUUGAAAUGCAGGGAGAUGGGAGGCAGAUUGAAAUGCAGGGAGAUGGGAGGCAGAUUGAAAUGCAGGGAGAUGGGAGGCAGAUUGAAAUGCAGGGAGAUGGCAGGCAGAUUGAAAUGCAGGGAGAUGGGAGGCAGAUUGAAAUGCAGGGAGAUGGGAGGCAGAAUGAAAUGCAGGGAGAUGGGAGGCAGAUUGAAAUGCAGGGAGAUGGCAGGCAGAUUGAAAUGCAGGGAGAUGGGAGGCAGAUUGAAAUGCAGGGAGAUGGGAGGCAGAAUGAAAUGCAGGGAGAUGGGAGGCAGAUUGAAAUGCAGGGAGAUGGGAGGCAGAUUGAAAUGCAGGGAGAUGAGAGGCAGAUUGAAAUGCAGGGAGAUGGGAGGCAGAUUGAAAUGCAGGGAGAUGGGAGGCAGAAUGAAAUGCAGGGAGAUGGGAGGCAGAUUGAAAUGCAGGGAGAUGGGAGGCAGAUUGAAAUGCAGGGAGAUGGGAGGCAGAUUGAAAUGCAGGGAGAUGGGAGGCAGAUUGAAAUGCAGGGAGAUGGGAGGCAGAAUGAAAUGCAGGGAGAUGGGAGGCAGAUUGAAAUGCAGGGAGAUGGGAGGCAGAUUGAAAUGCAGGGAGAUGGGAGGCAGAUUGAAAUGCAGGGAGAUGGGAGGCAGAAUGAAGUGCAGGGAGAUGGGAGGCAGAUUGAAGUGCAGGGAGAUGGGAGGCAGAAUGAAGUGCAGGGAGAUGGGAGGCAGAUUGAAAUGCAGGGAGAUGGGAGGCAGAUUGAAAUGCAGGGAGAUGGGAGGCAGAUUGAAAUGCAGGAAGAUGAGGCAGAUUGA